CUCAGGUGCCUGUACCCACUCCAGAAAUUAACUUUGUGGGGGAGGCCAUAGGAACAUUUAUUGCCUGGCCUAGAGCAUUGAUCAUGUCCCACAUCGCGACUCCACAGUUCACACGUCCUCAGAAGCAGCCAAUUCAUGAUACAGUCAUACAUGAAGAUGAUGACAUGGCUGAAGCAGAGGAUGAUCCUAUAUCAAAGUUAGUGACAAAAUUACCCAGAUUGAAGAAAGCAUCAUUAGAACUAUACUGGGAUUUGAGGGUAUUUGGUCUUCCCCCACAUGUGCCAGUUUAUAUCACAUUUUCUGAUGCAUUGGAGGUGAUUGAGGGAGACAGGAUGUUGAAUAUUUCCAUCAUUCAGUUGUGGUGCAUGUACAUGGACACAAUCGUUGUAGACCAAGGUCGGUCUUCCAUGUACGGAUUUGUUGAACCUCAGACCAUUCAACCGUCUGGUAACACACUUCAAAACAGACAACAUUAUUUGCAAACAUGGAUGGAUGAGUCCAAAAGAGACAUAUACCUUGUGCCAUACAUUGACGGGUACGUGUUUUUAUAUGUGGUCAGUUUAUUAUUAUAGUUUCCUUAAUUAGUUGAAUAACUAUUUGUCCUUCGUGAUAGGUCUCACUGGCAGCUGAUGGUUAUCAUUCCCAAACAAUGUAAAAUUAUAUGGUUUUGUUCGUUGCACAGGAAGAUGAAAAAUGACUUGAGAACCAUGCUUCAAGGGUAAGUGUUUCUCCAAAAAAUGACUUCAAUUUGAUGUUAACCUUCAACUUUUAUGAUAAAAUAGUCAUAUUAAUUAUACUUUGUGUU